GGUCCUCGGGUGGAUCUCCUUGGGCGGAAGGGUCUGAACUUAGAAAAGGAGUGAGGGUGUGGGCGAUCUGGGGAAGAAGCACCCAGUGGGUGGGAACAUGGACUAGGAGUAGGAUGCUGGGAGGAAAUGUGGACGCCAGUGGGUGGGGGCAUUGAGGGGAGGGGGCCGCAGAGCUCAGAGGGCUCAGGGCAGGAGAAGGAGGCUUUGGAGGGCAUGAGGAAUUAGAUGGGUAUAGGCCCUUGGGGGGGUGUGGGACACUGAUGGAGACCGUGGCACACUGAGGGAAUGUGGGGUACAGGCCACCACGUGGGCCUGAGGCAUGGAGGCCAGGCCCUGGGCUGGGUCUUGUUUCAGGACAGUCGCCCAGAUGCCCUCCAUGCCCCAGGGGUGGUGCAGAGCAUCAAGGACCACAUCACAAAGCCCACGGCCAUGGCCCGAGGCCGCGUGGCCCACCUCAUCGAGUGGAAGGGCUGGAGUGCCCAGCGGGCAGGCUGGGAGCUGUCCCCAGCUGAGGACGAGCGUUACUGCUGUCUCCCGGACAAGCUGCGUGAGGCCCGCUUUGCUGCAGAUCUCGCUGUCCCCCCAGGGGUCGCCGAGCAGUUUGCCAUCACAGAGGCCACACUGAGCGCUUGGUCCUCGCUGGAUGAUGAGGAACUGCACCCCGAGAACAGCCCCCAGGGCAUCGUCCAGCUCCAAGAUCUGGAGAGCAUCUACCUUCAGGACAGCCUUCCCAGUGGCCCCUCGCAGGAUGACAGCCUUCAGGCCUUCUCCUCGCCCAGCCUCACCCCUGACAGCUGUCCCUCACUGGAGGAGACCCCCAGCACCGCUGGCAUCCCGCAGCCCCCCAGCCCAGAGCUGCAGCAUCGGCGGCGGCAGCCCAGGCACCAAGGACCCAAGGGUGGGACGCACCUACCGGGCUCCCUCCCCUCCGUGGACAGCGGUUCCCUCUGGGAGGAGGAUGAGGUGUUCUAUAACUGAGGCGGAGGCUAUGCUGGUCCAGCACCUGCUCACACCAUGACCUUGCCUGGUGGGCAGUCCAGGCGUAUCUGGAUCCCGGGGUCCAGGGCAGGGCAUCUCUUGACCCCUCGGGUAGGCACAGGGUAGGUGUGGCAGGGAUGGGGCCUGCGCUCAUCAUGGCCUCUCUGUGCCUCAGCGGACCUGCCCCAGCAGUGGCAGCCAUAACCCCUCCCCCUUCAUUACUUCACUCAGGUGGGCACCUUCCCCUGCAGGGUGUCUGCCCUCAGGGAACUCAAGGACUUUCAGAGACACCAGGGCAGCCUGGCCCAGAGGAGCAACAGCCAGGCCCCCAGGAGGGCAGCCAUGGAGAUAACUGAGACCCACUUAGAGUGGGGUCUGGGAACCCUGCCUGUACCUGGGGCUCAGUCCCUCCCCACUCUCUCUGUAUGUCUGCCCCCCAGCAAAGGUGGGGUGGCCACUUCUGGUAGCUAAGCACCUGCUCCCCGGCUGUCCUCACCAGGACAUCUGUCUCUCUGGAGUGUCUGUCUGUCUGUCCUUCCCUCUCUGAACCUACUUCCUCGGUGUCCCCUGCUCCUCACCCCUGGGAGCCCACUCUCGCUCCUUGCAGCUCCCUCCCAUCUCACUCAAGGUUCUCUGAGGACAUUUAAAGUGGUGGGUUCACCCUGGU